AUGUGGAGACCCAGCGAGGACGGGGGCGCUUUUGCCGAGUGCUUCUUUGCGCAGUACCCGCUCGGUAUGGGGCGCAAGCCGCUUCCGCCGUUUAUCACGGCAGCGGCGGCGGAGCGUCGCGUGCAGUUCACUGCGGGCAACGCGGCGGCGCCGGAGGAGGUACGCACGGCACAGACUACUGUUCCUGGGGGCGUCGUGGUGGUCUCGAUGACGGAGGCCCGCGGCGACGAUGGGGCGGGGCGGCUCACACAGACAACUGAGAAGACGCGAGAGGCCCUGGAGACGGCGCUGCAGAACCGGCAGGCACAAGAGGAGGACUUUAGCGGCCGGAACAUCCGACGCAACGCCCGCAAGAGGCCUCUGCUGGAGAUAGCGCUCCCUGGGGAUGUGGGCGCCACCGGCAUGCAUGACCCAGCGCCGAUUGUGCGGUCGCCUACACGCACUACGAAGGGAGCCAACGAGGGAGCCGACGGGUCAACGGGAUCCUCCUCCAGCACGACAGUGGUGCCCUUCAGCAUUGGGAACUGGAAGAAUAAGCGCAAGCUUGUCAUCCCACUGGAUCAGAGACUGGCGCAGCAGGCUGAGACUGACGCGGUGAGCAGUGGUAGUGGGAUCAGUGACCAUGUCAUGCAGCUUGCCGUCGCAAUGCAGAAAGCACGAAGGGAAGUGGAGGCGGAGCAGGCCAAUCGUGAAAAAGCCCAACAGGAAGAGGAGGAGCGGCGUCAGGCCGAACGAGAGGCGGAGGCGACGCAGCAAGCAAGAGAGAUGCUCGAAAAAGCCGCGGCUAACAUGCUGCAGUCCUCCGCACAGCGCAAGAAGGAAACUCGGGAAGAGCGCUUGGAGCGCAUUCGGCUUGAGCGUGGGCUACGGGAGCGGGAGAAGGAGCAGGAGGUGCGACAGCGCCGCCUAGCACGAGCAGCCACACGACUGGGUAUGUCGGUGGAAGCAUUAGAGGCGGAUGAGAUGCUUCUCAAGACGGUUGACGACACGGCAGCUGGUCAGGGCUUGUGCGGCGUUGCAGGCAGGUACAUUCAGCCCCCAAUGAGCAGCAGCGCAACCCCAGCUUCGGCGGAGGCGGGCGUGAAGCAGGACGGCACCUCAACUGAGCGUUUGCCUUCACUGUACGCCGACGACGAGGACGAAGGCAGACGUCGCGCUGGCGGUAUACGCAAGGGUGUUUUCGGCUCCGCUGUCAUCAGCAACGAGGGUAUUCGCCGCGAGAUGGAGGCGCUGGGAAAGAUGGAGGAACAGCGCCCUGAAACAAAGGAUGGCCUUCGGCUUGGUGAGGAGCGCGACAGGUCUAGUGAUGAGGAUGACGACGACGGCGGCGGCCUGGGCAUGGCUCAGCUCAUGAAGAAGAAACGCCGGAUGUGA